AUGUCUGGCGCAAAAGCGAAGGGGCGGGAAAAGAGGAGGCAGGAGGAAAAUGACGACGUUUCGGACGGGCAGAAGAAGGCUCGCGAAGACCGUAACGGACGAGAGCGGACGGGCGAGCCGGAGGAGGACGUGGAAGAGUUCUUUGCCAUUCUCCGGCGAAUUCACGUGGCGGUUGGGUAUUUCAAGAACGGCGACGGCAGGAAGUUGACGCCGGAGAAAUCGAAUUGGAGGGCGUGGCUGGAGUCGUCAGAGUGUGGAGUGGAAUCGAGCGGCGUUAGGGUUAGAGGUGAAGCGAAAGGGAAGAAGGAAGGUGUGGAGGAGAAUGGGGGUUUGGAUUUGAACGCACUUCCGGGUUCGGAUGGCAACCCGGUUUAG